GUAUACAUGAUUGACAAUCGCAUGCUGUCGUUGCAGCAGCUGUCCAUCUGAAUGUCAAUGUCAAAGACCCUGCUCCCCGCUUUCUUGCCACCCACCCUCUCUUUCAGAAGUUUCAACCAUGGCGGCCGGGGUACUCUACACCUAUCCAGAAAACUUCCGUGCUUACAAGGCGUUGAUCGCCGCACAGUACUCCGGAGCCGAUUUGAAAGUGGCUCCUAACUUUGUGUUCGGUGAAACUAACAAGUCUGCAGAAUUCUUGAAAAAAUUCCCAGCGGGAAAAGUGCCAGCUUACGAAAGCGCUGACGGAAAGGUUCUGCUCACCGAGAGCAAUGCCAUCGCUUACUAUGUAUCGAAUGCUGCUCUGCGCGGCACGGAUGCGGCCACGCAGGCCCGUGUGUGGCAGUGGGCCAGCUGGGCUGACAGUGAGCUGCUGCCCGCCUCCUGUGCCUGGGUGUUCCCUUACCUAGGCAUCAUGCCCUUCAACAAACAGCACGUGGAGCGCGCGCGGGCGGAGCUGCUGGCGGCGCUGCGCGCGCUGGACGCGCACCUGCUGCCGCGCACCUUCCUCGCCACCGAGCGCGUCACGCUGGCCGACAUCGUCGUCUACUGCACGCUGCUGCACGCCUUCCAGCACGUGCUGGAUCCUCAAGUCCGCGCGUCUCUGCCGAACGUGUCUCGCUGGUUCAGCACGCUGGCGGCGCAGCCCGCCGUCACGCGCGUGCUGCCGCCGCCCGCGCUGUGUGCCGCGCCGCCCACUGCGCCGCAGCUCAACAAGAAGGACUCUGGCGAUAAGAAGAAAGACAAGAAGAGCGAGAAAAAAGAACAACCCAAAAAGAAGGAGAAAGAGGAGUCAGCCGCCGAACCACUGGACGAGCUUGACGAGAAACCGAAGGAGUCCAAGGAUCCCUUCGACGCCAUGCCCAAGGGAACCUUCAACAUGGAUGACUUCAAGCGCUGCUACUCCAAUGAAGACGAAGCCAAGUCCAUCCCAUACUUCUGGGAGAAGUUCGACCCGGAGAACUACUCCAUCUGGUACGCCGAGUACAAAUACCCCGAGGAACUCGCUAAAGUGUUCAUGAGCUGCAACCUCAUCACCGGCAUGUUCCAGCGGCUGGACAAGAUGCGCAAGCAGGCGUUCGCGUCGGUGUGCCUGUUCGGCGCCGACAACGACUCCAGCAUCUCCGGCGUGUGGGUGUGGCGCGGGCAGCAGCUGGCCUUCCCGCUGUCGCCCGACUGGCAGAUCGACUACGAGUCGUACGAGUGGCGCAAGCUGGACCCCGCGGCCGCCGACACCAAGCGCCUCGUGCACGACUACUUCUCGUGGAGCGGCACGGACAAGCAGGGCCGCAAGUUCAACCAGGGCAAGAUCUUCAAGUGAACUCUGCGCCGACACAUAUUUAUAUUGUAUAAAGUACUUGCAUUUAUUUUGUAUCACGCCGCCGUAUCUGCUCUGCUCGACCACGAUUGUGUAAGUCUGUGCGGCCACUUGAAAUAAAUUGUUUUUUAUUUAUGCAA